AUGGCUGUGUUGGUGAAUCAUUAUAGUGUGUUAGGCCUUGCAUCUACUACAGGACCUAACCUGACAGACGAAGAAAUCUCCAAGGCUUUUAAGAGGAUGGCGUUGAGGUUGCAUCCUGACAAGAACCCUCAUAAUCCCAACGCCCAUUCCAGUUUCCAGAAACUCCUGUCCUCCUAUGAAGUUCUCAAAAAUCCGAUUUCCCGCAAAGAAUUUGAUCGUCUUCUUCAACUUCAACAACAGGCUCAGAAUCAUCAUCAAAAUCAGCAUCAGCAUCAGAAUCAUCAUCAAAAUCAGCCUCAGCCUCAGCCUCAGAAUCAUCAUCAGUCUUGCAACAAGCGGCAAAGAGAUGAACAAGAAGAGUCUUCCAAGAAGAGUCCGAGACAACCCGUGGAUCCAAAGAUGCCUUCUGAACCACCGAAGGAGCCUUCUUUCACAAAGAAGAAAUUCGUUUCGGAAUUUGAUCGCAUUAGUAAAUUAGUUGCGCAAGAUGGUCUUCAGAAGUUGGUGGUUAAUGAAGGCUAUCAUCAUAUUAGAUUGUUUUAG